AGUUUAAAGUUUUUUUAAAAACCCUUAACACCGGAUAACUACUUUUUAAGUAACUAAAAAAAUUAUCAUCAUGAUGAAAAUAUUCUUCUUAGUCUUCAUUGGUUUGUUGUCAAUUUCAAUGACAUUUGCACAGGAACCCACUUGUCUACCUCGCGGAAGUGAGUGUCUUGGAGCAUCUUUAAGUUGCUGUAAGCCAACAACUUGCAUGACCUAUGCUAACAGAUGCGUUGGCAAUGGACUAAUUAUUCCAGAUGAACAGCCACCAAAACCUGCAGUUGAAGCACCAAAACCUGGAAAUUGUCUGACACGUGGAAGUGAAUGUCUUGGAUCCGAUUUAAGUUGCUGUAAGGGAACAACCUGCAUGUUCUAUGCCAACCGAUGUGUCUCAAUUUCUCAAGGUUAAAUAUACGUUUUGAAAUACAACAAACAUUAAGUUACUACUGUUUGAAUAAAAACCAGAUUGAAAAUAUAAA